AUGACGACUGCAAAAAUACAAAAGAGAAGAUUUAAGGAGGGACCCUUGGCAUCAACCUUCAUGGUUGAUAACAAGAAACUCAAGACAUGUAUUAGAUGUCGACAACAUAAAACAAAGUGUGACGCUUGGCUUACAAGGCCUGUGCCCUGUAGUCAUUGCAAUAAGAAGAACUUGAAAUGUACUCUUGAUGUAAUAAACAAUAAGCAAAAGAAGUCCACGGACGUGAUUGAGAAGUUGACCGAUGAAGUGCACGGUUUAAGGGAAGCUGUUGAUGCACUAAUUAGCAAUAGAAAUAGAGUCAUCAGAGCAUUCGCUCCAAAGAGAGAAACUACUAAUACACCAUCUCCUGCUUCAGUUGCUGCUCAGAGAUCUCCGUCUUUGAGCGAAAUCCAAGGUUGCAUCAACCUUGCAGAGAGCAAUCCAUCUUAUCUCGCAUUUGAGAAUGACGAGAUAGAAAAGAAGGAGUUUACGAUUAAUUCCAAUUUGAAUACAGACUUCGUUUCUAUUUCGAAGGAAGAGGCGAUAGCCCAUCUCAGGAAUUACGAAAAUAAUUUCAAUAAAUUUCUACCCAUAUUUCCAGAUGACUUUUUCAUCACCAUUGAUGUUCCAAAGUUUGUCAAUGAAAAUGAACUAUUGUUUUGGUGCAUAAUUUUGACUUCGCAUUUAAACCAGAAUCUUCCUCACCAAUAUUUCAGGCUAUGUGAGCACAUUAAAAGUUUGGUAGUUGAGAAAUGUUGGCUUCAAACCCCUAGAUCGGUAUAUACUCUCAGCUCCUUAUUGAUUUUGACUAGCUGGCCGUUACCAACAAGUCCAUCCGGGAAUUUCUCUGACAAUUUGUCAAUAAAAUUUAUAUCUCUUAUGAGAAGCCUUUCCUUGCAAUUUGGCCUUCAUAAACUAGAGUUCAUCGAAGAGUUUAGCCACAAAACUAAAAUGAAUAUCUCAAACGAGGUGAAUUUGAACAAUAUAAUAAGAGAGAGAAUCUAUAAAUUCAUUGGCAUUAAUUCAAAUUAUUGGCUAAUAAACUUAGGCUUAUCUAACAACAACUUUAAUGGAUUUCAAAAAGAUUAUAUUUUGAGUAAUUCAAGUAUUGGCAAUAAGGUUGGAGCUACUGCGGAAGAUAACCACAUUAACUCAUUAUUAAAAAUCUCCUUGGUACAAUCAAAAAUGAACGAGAAUUUGAAUGAAUUGGUCAAAAACGAUGACCCUACUUCUAAAUUAAUAUAUUUGAACAUGUUUGAAAUCAUAUUGAAUGACAUCAGUCUGAUUCUGAAUUCUAAUCGAAUGAUACAACUCUCUAUCGAGUUGUCGAAACUUCAAUUGUAUGUUUAUUCCUUUUCGGAUCUUAAUGUUGAUGUUCAUGAAUAUAAACUGUAUAUUAAAAGGGCUCUUGCAUCGUGCUAUGUAACGUUAAAUCUUUUCGAAGAAGAAUUUCCCCAUAUUACCAAUAUUUAUCAAUUACCUAUUCAUUUCAAAUCGUUGAUCGAGUUGUGUUGUUUAAUCAUGUUAAGGGUAUAUAAGUCACCAUUAUUGGACUCUGAAAAAGAUUAUGUGUUAUUGAAGAAAAAUUUUAACCGAGCUUAUGAAAUUUUGUCUAGGAAUGUCAUAAAAACUCCGUGGUAUAAUUUGAAUUCAAGGUUCAUCCAUAUUUUGAAAAAAGUAAACGAACUUGAUAACGUGGACAUAAUUGCUCGUAAUAGUGACAGUUUUUUUUUAAUUUCUAAAAUGAAAGAUCAUUUAGUUUCAAGCUUGAGGUAUGAAUUAAUUUGGUAUAUUUAUGGGAGUAUUAAGAUGGUAAAGUGUGAUCUGGAAAUGAUUGAUUGGAAAAUUUAUGGGCUUGACGAUUCCAGAGGACAGCAUAAGGAAGUUAUAGACUACUUGAAAAGAAAUCAUUCAAUAUUUAUGUAA